AUGUCCUAUGGUAGAGGUACUAGUCCCAAUAGAGGUUAUAUGGAGUUUGAUCCUGAAUCAGGAGAUAAUCUAAGUAGGAAACGAUCACUCGUUAGACCAGAAAGAUCAAGGAUAGAUCCUAAUCAUCCAAGGUUCCACUAUACGCAAGUAGCUAACCAAGAGUCGGAUCAUAUCAAAGUACAAGUUUCCUCAAAUGCAAUACAUCCUCCUCCUCGUGGCUCAAACGAUUUGACCAGAUCAAGGUCCCAUUUGAGCCCUUAUUCCUCGCAGAGAUCAGACUCUCAACAUCUGCAACUGCAACUGCAACUGCAACUGCAACUGCAACUGCAACGCCGCCACCACCACCACCAACAGCAGCUGCGUCACCCGCUACGUCAACAACAUGGCCCCCUCGGCACUGACGUUGCCCCGCCUUCUCCACUCGAUGACGAAAAUGAAGGAAUACCUCUUAUGGAUAUUCACAACUCAUCGCCAGGAACAAGCUUCAACAACAAUAAAACAAACUUGAAAGGUGGUAGAGAAGUAUACGGAUUGAACGAUGAAGUUGGCGGCGAAUUCGGUAGAACUCCACUGAGAAGCAAGGUCAUUUCGAACGGGUUGCCGAGACCACAAGUUCAAGGAUCGAAAUCCCGUAAAAAGAAAGCUGGUAAAAAGCACGAUAUUUAUUUUUGGAAAGUAUAUUGUUACGCUGUGACAUUUUGGGCUCCUUCACCAUUAUUGAAAUUGUUUGGACUUCCUACAAAAGAUCGUCAGUUUGCUUGGAGAGAAAAAAUGGGAUUGAUCUCAUGUAUAUUGUACAUUGGUGCCCUUGUUGCUUAUUUGACUUUUGGUUUUACGAAAACAGUAUGCUCUUCAGAAAAAUUGAGAACAAGAAUAAAUGAAGUUAGUACCUCAAGCUUGAUCAUUAAUGGAAGAUCUUUUGAUUUGUCUUCUUCAAAACAUCCAGCGGCUGCAGGGAUUGGCGCGGGUUCUAAUGUCUUGUAUCCUCCUAUCAAUGCCGGUGGUAAAGAUGCUUCGUUUUUGUUCCAAAAUGUAAAUGGUAAUUGCAAGGGUUUGAUUUUGCCAAAGGAAGGUUGUACUAUACCGUUUAAUGAAAAUAACGAGUUAGCCUGGUAUAUGCCGUGUCGUUUUUUUGAUCAAGAUGGCUCUAACGAAGUUAACAACACUCAGGUGUAUUAUAAUGGAUGGGCUUGUCAUACAAGUGAAGUGGCACGUAGAGCUUAUUAUGGGCUUAAAGUAUCAGGUGAUGUUUAUUUCACUUGGGAUGAUAUUAGAAACUCGUCAAGAAAUUUGGUUGUUUAUUCAGGAACUGUUUUGGAUUUGAAUUUGAUAAAUUGGAUCCAGAAUGAAGAUGUAACUUAUCCCGAAUUGUUUGACAGAUUACGCGAUGAUCCAACGUUCCAUGGUUUGGAUAUAUCCAUGGUUUUAACUAGUCCAAGUGAACGUCAAGCGGCUAGGUGUUUGACUGAAAUUAUAAAAGUUGGUGUUAUUGAUUCAGAUACCAUUGGUUGUAUCGCUUCGCAAAUUGUCUUGAUUGUUUCUUUGGUGUUUAUUUUAUCGGUUGUUGUUGUGAAGUUUAUUAUGGCUUGUUGGUUUAGAUGGGUUACUUCGAGAAAACAAGGUGCAACUGAAUAUGAUAAUAAAUCAAUGGUGGCAAGAAACAAGGCUAUCGAAAAUUGGGUUGAUAACAAUAACUCAGCAAUUGGGACUCAAAUCAAAACUGUUCCACUAAGAGCAAGAGCUAAUUACAAAUCAGCAAAAACUAACAGGCAAAGUGUUUUCCAUAGGUCACAAAAGCUUUCGCUUGGACCAAAUGCCGAUUUGUCACAAUAUUACGAUAAUCCUAGUGCGCUUUCAAAAACUUUCAAGUAUACAACAAUGUCAACACAAGCUGCGUUAUUAGGACGUAACGGAUAUGGUAAAAAGUCUCUGACAGUUUCAGGAAAGAAUGGUGGUAGUGGUGCAAAACAAUCAACUAUCUACCUCAACGAUCAAGGUUCAUCAACAGAUUUGUUGAACCGUCCCAUUUCAACUUACAAUCCAUUUGAAGCCUUUGACGAGCAAGCAGCUGUUGUUCAUGGAUUAUCCCCAGAUAUUAUCCAUCCAGACAUCGUUCCUCAACCGCCUGUUGAAUAUCAACCUUUUGGAUUUCCCUUGGCGCAUACCAUCAAUUUGGUCACUUGUUACUCCGAAGAUGCAGAUGGUAUACGUACCACUUUGGACUCUAUUGCAACUACAGAUUUUCCCAAUUCUCACAAAUUGAUUCUUGUGAUUUGUGAUGGUUUGAUUAAAGGUUCUGGUAAUGACAGAACCACUCCGGAUAUAGUUUUGGAUAUGAUGUCUGAUUUAACUGUGCCAAGAGAUGAGGUUGAACCAUAUUCAUAUGUUGCAGUUGCUCAAGGAAGCAAGCGUCAUAAUAUGGCCAAAGUUUAUGCAGGGUUUUAUGAUUAUGACGAUGGAACAGUUCCACCUGAAAAGCAACAACGUGUUCCGAUGAUUACUGUGGUCAAAUGUGGUACUCCUGAAGAAGCAAACUUGCCUAAACCAGGUAAUAGAGGUAAGCGUGAUUCACAAAUUAUUUUAAUGUCCUUUUUACAAAAAGUUGUAUUUGACGAAAGGAUGACAAGUUUAGAGUUUGAAAUGUUGCAAGCAAUUUGGAGAGUUACGGGGCUAAUGGCGGAGUUUUAUGAAAUUGUGCUUAUGGUUGAUGCAGAUACUAGAGUGUUUCCUGAUUCACUAACACAUAUGGUUGCUGAAAUGGUCAAAGAUCCUCUGGUGAUGGGGUUAUGUGGAGAAACCAAGAUUUCAAAUAAGGCGCAAUCGUGGGUUACUGCAAUUCAAGUGUUUGAGUAUUAUAUCUCGCAUCAUCAAGCAAAGGCUUUUGAAUCUAUAUUUGGUGGUGUUACUUGUUUACCGGGAUGUUUUUGUAUGUAUAGGAUUAAAGCUCCCAAAGGAUCCGAUGGGUACUGGGUUCCUAUUUUGGCCAAUCCAGAUAUUGUUGAAAGAUAUUCAGAUAAUGUGGUUGAUACAUUGCACAAGAAGAAUUUAUUACUUUUAGGUGAGGAUAGAUAUCUUUCUUCAUUGAUGUUGAGAACGUUCCCCAAGAGGAAACAGAUUUUUGUUCCUAAAGCUGCUUGUAAAACAAUUGUUCCUGAUAAGUUCAAAGUCUUGUUAUCACAGCGUCGUAGGUGGAUCAAUUCCACGGUGCACAACUUGAUGGAAUUGGUAUUGGUGAAUGAUUUAUGUGGUACGUUUUGCUUUUCGAUGCAAUUUGUUAUUUUUAUUGAAUUGGUUGGUACAUUGGUUCUUCCAGCGGCAAUUGCAUUCACGAUUUAUGUUAUUAUUUUUGCUAUUGUUUCGAAACCAACGCCAGUUAUGUCAUUGGUAUUGUUGGCUAUUAUAUUUGGAUUACCUGGAUGUCUUAUUGUUAUAACCAUUUCAUCACUAUCAUAUAUCAUAUACUUUUUCAUUUACUUGAUGGCCUUACCAAUUUGGAAUUUUGUUUUACCGUCUUAUGCAUAUUGGAAAUUUGAUGAUUUCAGUUGGGGUGAAACAAGAACUGUGGCUGGUGAGGGCAAGGGAGAUCAUGGAACUAGUGAGGGUGUAUUUGAUGCAUCAAAAAUCAAAAUGAGAAGAUGGAGAGAAUGGGAAAGAGAACGCAGAAGUGAGGAAAAUGCUAUUAUUGCUACUGCUGCUGCUGGCCAAGGUGGUCAGGGAAUUGGUACUAACCAGAGAGGAUAUUCAUCUAAUCAAAAUUUGGUUGCCCCUUCAGCCGUUUGGGAUCCUUCAAAUAAUGAAAAAAUAAUUGAUGAUUUCGAAAAUGAAGGAUCUUACUCUGAAUCUAAUUGA